AUGAUUCACUUUAUAAUCUCUGGAUUUCUUGCUUCAGAAUUUCAGGUACUCUAUUUGGGUGCCUUUGAUGUAUUCUCUUCGAAUGGUACCAAUGCAGUGAGUUCAGCUAUGGAUACCCUCUUUCGAAUGCAGAACUCCCACCUUCGACCCAUCGUCGUUAGUUUCCGCGUAAGUCCCGACGGUGUCACCCUCACUGACCUUCACUGUCGUCAGUUCCUCCGUCGGCACUUUGGCGCUGAUUCCUUCCUCUACAUCGGUGUUGAUCCAUACGGCAGGACAUUAAUGGAAAACGAUCCGGGAACCGUGAACACUGACGGAAGAAAGUAA